AUGUUGGACCAAGAUGACAAGGCAGAGUAUGGCUUCGAUACCGAGGGCUACGACAAGGCUCUUGCCUAUAAGAAGCGGUUCCUUCUCGACACGGGAGAGGACAAUCUUGUUCUGCAGCACAUUCCCCAUAAAGAAAAGCCUUUGCAAGCUGCGUAUGAGCCGUCGCGGUGGAAGAACCCUGUUUGGAGAGGGGAUACAGGUGCGAAGGUUAGCCUGAAGGACAUACCUGCGGCGCUGCUAGUGCCAGAGAUGCAGUUCUCGCUAUUGGCCCUGUGGACUAGCAUCGCAGAACUUUCAUUUGAGAAUGACACGAGCAUGCCCGAGGAUAGCGAUUGGAAGGAGAUCUAUGGCUUGUGGGUCGAUGAAGAUACAAAAAUGGACGUGAUCUGGGACCAGUAUCCGGAGUUCAUCAGGGACUGA